AUGUCUCAGGAACUACCAACAUCUGACUAUAAAGAUCAUUGGCAAGAAGAAGAAAUUGUUCUUGAAAGACCAAGUAAUGAUAACGAUACUUCUCUUGGCUUUAGGAUUGCUGGAGGAAAUGAUCAACCUUUCGUCGAAAAUUUUACAUCUAUUAUUGUGAUUCAUAUAACUGAAAAUGGUCUAGUAGAUAGAGAUAGACGCUUAAAAUUAUAUGAUAUAAUCUUACGUGUAAAUGGUGUUGAUUAUUCAAAUAUUAAACAUCAAACAGCUGUUCGAAUAUUGAAAAUGUCCAGAAAUAUAGUUCGAUUAUUAAUUCGUCGUCUUGUACCUCAAUUAAUUGAAGUAAUUGAACUGAAACAUUCAAAUGGAAAAUUAGGAAUUGAAAUAGUUGGUGGCAUUGGAAGUGAAUAUUUCAAAGGAGAUUACGGUGUGUUUAUUAUUGGUAUUUCCAAUCAAAUUAACAAACAAUUGAAUAUUGGCGAUCGAUUAAUAGAAAUCUCAUCCGCAAAAAACACGUACGAUCUACGAUUUGUUACACAGAAAGAAGCUAAAAAACGUAUUGAAUUAGCGUGUUCAGAUAAAUCGUUACCUUCUAAUGUUUUUACUCAUCAUCUAUCAAAGUUAGAAAAUCUUCAAUUAAAUAGUAAUCAUCUACAUUCUCUACCUAUGUCAUUUUGGUAUCUAACAGCAUUAAGAGAAUUAAAUCUUUCAAAAAAUUGUUUCUUUACAAUUCCUCAAGCAAUUUUAAAUUUAACUAAUCUACAACUUCUUGAUUUUUCAUUCAAUCAAAUCACAGAGAUAAAGAAUGAAAUUGAAUUGUUACAAGUAGAUGAAUUAAAUUUAAAUAAUAAUAAAAUUUCUAAAAUCUCUACUAAAAUAUCAAAAUGUAAACGAUUAAAAAUUCUUCGAUUAGAUAAUAAUAAUCUCGAGUUAAAAUCAAUUCCUAUUUCAUUAUUAAAAUAUUCAACUGUAUCACAAUUAAGUGUUAAAGGGAAUCGUUUUAAUGACAAACAAUUUCAAUUGGUUGAAGGUUAUGAUUACUAUGAAAAACGAUAUACGGCAAAUCAACGAAAAAAAGAUUAA